CGCGGCGGCGCUGUAAGCUCUGGGCGGAGCUUGAAUACUGUUGUCUGCAGUGAUAUCAUCAUAACACUGCAAUAUGAAGACGCGCUCAUAUGACCGCAACCCGUCUCCAUCCCUGGCCAAGACACAGGUGCUGUAACUGGGGCAAAAAGGAAGGCAUGGGGAAUAAAAGGAGGAGGAAGGAUGCCAGCUGAGCCUCUCAUCCGUCUGCAAAUGCUCCCACUGCCAGUGUCACUCUAAAGAAACACACAAAAUGGCUCAGUCUGUGAGGAGGCCCGAGACUCUAGGAGCCAUGGACCACGAGCCCCAGAGGGACAAGACCAAGACCAGCUACUUUGGCAACGUCAAGACCAGGCUGGGUUCCAAGCUCCCUCCUGGUGUCUCUCAGCCUCCACAGUUUGCUAAGCCGCCCUGGGAGACUCAACCUCAGGCCAGAGUGAUGCAGAAUCCUGCAGCCAGCAGCCAGCGACAGCACCAGCCGGCUGUAGGCCGGCCUCUCAACCACAUCCCCCACAUCAGAAAUCCCAAACUGCGGCAGUACUACCUACAAGGGACUUCAUGGGAUCUAAACAAUGCUGCAGUGAAGCAAGAGCAUAUGGGUGGACCGUCUGAUGACAGCACAAGCAGCAGGGGUCUCCCCGGGGACACGGUGUUCAGCGUCUCAUCUCAGUUCAACAGUAUCGGUACAUCCUCAGCAGAAGAAGGUAAAAUGGGCCACCGUCCCUCACAUUCCUCUGCAAAUUUACCCUCCUCGUCUGCUGCUACCCUCAUCCCCAGAGAGCAGCUGAUCGUCCCAAAGGGGAAAAACACCAGUCAAGGAUCGUCUCAACCAGAACUGGACUCGGACUCUGAUCCCAAACUGAAGCGAGAGGUGGAGGCAGAUUCAGACUCUGUAGAUAUACUUGCUGCUCAACCACAGUCCCCUUCACCAGAGGCAGAAUAUGACAAACUACUGGAUGUGGAGGCGGUGCCGAUGCCUGAUGGACAGCUUUGCCUAUUGGCUCUGCCACCAGAGUGCUGUCAGGGGGAGGGACCAGAGGCCAUGCAGUACCUCAAACUGUUCUGUCGCUACAUCACAGACCGUAAGGGUGUGGUUUCAGGUAUCCUGUUGGUGACUUCUAAUAAGAUCUUCUUUGACCCGUGUAAGACACAUCCUCUGGUGAAGGAACAUGGCUGUGAGGAAUACCUCCUGUCAUGCUCUGUUGACAGUCUGGCAUCUGUCUCCUUCUUCUCUGACAUCUCCCAUGUUCACUUCAACACAUCCCAGCAGAGGAAAAAAGGAAAGAAAAUCUUCCAGAAGUUGAAAAGCGCUCAAAGGCGAGCAGGCGGCUUCCCAAACCGAAAGGGUGAAUCAGUGCCAGCUGUGGAGCCUGUGGCUCCAUCAGACUCAUCCAGUCUGGCUCUGAGCCUAACCAAAGAGGUUUCUGGGGAGGAAGAGGAGGCAGAGAGCAGAGACAUGGCGGUGGCUGAGGGGGAGCUUGACAGCAGCCCGCUGGAGGUGCUGUCAGAGGCGUCUGUAGGCGUUCUGGGAGUGGCUGUCCUGAGCAGUGCUGCUACCUUCUGCUGUGGAGGUCAAGAGGUGGCGAGUAAGCUGCUGCACUCUGAUGAAAGACAGAAGACCUCUGUGAAGAGUGACAGUGCAGGCAGUCCUGGGAGUCUGAUGUUUGUGCGGCUGCGGGUUCAGCCAUCUGCAGGAAAGAAAAAGGGUGUAGGAGGCCUUCAGCUGGGCUCAGCAAAAACUUUACCCAGAAGGGAUUCCUGGCUUGCCCUUUCACAAGAGAGCUCCGACGAGCUGUAUGCCUACCUUACACACUGUCGGCCAGACCUGUGUAUACUUGAGGGAGGGGAGGAAGAGAGGGAGGUGGACCGUGACGAAGAGGAGUUUGUACUCAUUGAGGACAAAGGUGAGGAGGAGGAGGAGGAAGAGGAGGAGGAUGAAGAUGACGAGGGCGAAGAAGUGUUCCAGAGGCACCGCAGCUCAGGGGACGACUGGGAGAUGGUGUUGAUGGAAGAGAGCGUGGACAAGCCGACCCUGGUCAUCGACAGGGAGCCUGACGGACUCAAUAAUAUUGUGGAGAGCAGCCACAUUUUAGAAGCUUCACAUGUCAGAGAGCUGUGUAAGGAGCUUCCCCCCAGGACAGUUGGCCACACCUGGCAGCUGGCUUACAGUACAUCCCGUCACGGCGCCAGCCUCAAGUCCCUCUACAGAAAACUCAGUGCCACAGACUCCCCUGUGCUUCUUGUCAUUAAGGAUGCGCUUGAUGAGAUAUUCGGGGCCUUCCUGUCUCACCCUCUAAAGCUCAGUGAGACGUUCUACGGCACAGGAGAAACUUUCCUCUUCAUGUUGCAUCCUCGCGUCAAGUCCUUUAGAUGGACAGGAGAGAACUCCUUUUUUAUCAAAGGAGACUUGGACUCCUUUGCCAUUGGUGGAGGCAGUGGUCACUUUGGUCUGUGGGUGGAUGAGAAUCUGUACCUGGGUCAUAGCAGCCCCUGCUACACCUUCAAUAACUGUUGCCUCUCCGAAACCGACGACUUCCGGGUCAUGGAGCUGGAGGUGUGGACGUUCAGCUGAAGAAACUGAGAGACCGCGGUGUUUCUCUUUGACUGGCCUCGUCCCUGCUGAUCAGCUUUAUCGAGACGGCAUUUAUCACAGAGCAAAAACAAAUACAGCCGCUCAUUCAUUUCAUGUCAAUAUCAACCACAAACUUCUGGAUUUGUCUGUGUGAUUAAGUGCUGUGGAUUUUAGUGAACUGAAAUGAACCGGACAAGGCUGAUCUUGAGCAGCUCGGUGUCCCAGAGUGGUCUUUUAAUGGUGAACUGCUUCAUGGUUGACUCAUUCCUGUGGGUUUGGCAACCAGGCCAGAGUUCUGCUUAACCGAGUGGAGCUGAACUGUUAUGAAACUGGAUUCUUUGAGUCCUCAUUUUUUGAAUGGAGUAGGUUACAAGUCUCAGAGACUGCACUUUGCUUUUGAUGUGAAUCAGUAACUUCAUGAUAUCUCAUCGUUUAUCAUGUGGACAUGAUUAUACACCUGUCUUCAUAGGUAAUGCAUGCCCCCACUUUUAUAUGUUUAUUUAACGCUGGAAGUUUGAAACACAUUGUCUUCUUAUAAAUAGAUUUCUCUAUUGAAAACUGCACAUGCACAGCUCCCAAUCCCUCAAAUACAAGCUCCCUUUCUCUGAUACCAAUCAUUUGUAAUCAACUAGUGACAUAGACAGCAGAAAUUGAUGCUGAAAAUAACCAUGUAAGAACACUUGAGGCUCCAAAAGCUUCUCAAUUGAAGAACAUCUGUACUGGCAAUGACUCUUAGAGUCUCAUUCAUGACUAUUCUGAACUCUUUUCAUUUCAAGUGCUGACUCAUACACCACUGUGGUUUCUGAUCAUAAAAAGUAUAAGCUCAAGAAGUACUUUGAAUUAAUGCAGUUUUUGUCAGUCAACUGUAUCCGUAACAUGCUCUCAGUCCGAAAACCUGAUCUACUUACGUUGUACAGUAUUGUAGAUUAGUUAAUAAAAAUCAGCACAAAGUGAACAUUUAAAAAAAA